UGGCCGCUGCGAGCUCCCUCACUUGACUCUCGCCCUCCGGCCGGGAAGCAUGGAGUCAGCCGCGUUCGUCUGCGCCUUCCUGCUCGCCGCCUGCUGCUGUUGUCGCCGCGCCGCGGGUGUGCCGGGAGAGGCAGAACAGCCUGUGCCGGAGCUGGUGGAGGUGGAAGUGGGCAGCACGGCCCUUCUGAAGUGCGGCUCCUCUCACUCCCCAGGCAACUCCAGCCAUGUGGACUGGUUCUCUGUCCACAAGGAAAAGCCAACACUCAUCUUCCGCGUGCACCAGGGCCAGGGCCAGAGCGAACCUGGGGAGUACCAGCACCGGCUCAGUUUGCAGGGCCGGGGGGCCACCCUGGCCCUGGCCCACGUCACCCCCCAUGAUGAGCGCAUCUUCCUGUGCCGGGGCAAGCGUCCUCGGACUCAGGAGCACCGAAUCCAGCUCCAAGUCUACAAAGCUCCCGAGGAGCCCAGUAUCCAGGUCAAUGCCGUGGGCAUCUCGGUGAACAGUCAGGAGCCAGAGGAGGUUGCCACCUGCGUGGGGCGGAACGGGUACCCAGUCCCUCAAGUCACCUGGUACAAGAACGGCCUGCCCCUGAAGGAGAAGAAGAACCGGGUGCACAUUCAGUCGUCCCAGAUCGUGGAGUCGAGUGGUUUGUACACCUUACAGAGCGUUCUGAAGGCACAGCUGGUUAAGGAAGACAAAGAUGCCCAGUUCUACUGUGAGCUCAGCUACCGGCUGCCCAGUGGGAACCACAUGAAGGAAUCUAGAGAAGUGACAGUGCCUGUUUUCUACCCGGCAGAAAAAGUGUGGUUGGAAGUGGCGCCUGUGGGAAUGGUGAAGGAAGGGGACCGUGUGGAAAUCAGGUGUUUGGCAGAUGGCAACCCCCCACCGCACUUCAGCAUCAGCAAGCAGAACCCCAGAACCGGGGAGAUGGAGGAAGAGAACACCAACGACAACGGGAUCCUGGUCUUGGAGCCCGCCCAGAAGGAGCACAGUGGGCUCUACGAGUGUCAGGGCCUGGACUUGGACACCAUGCAGUCGCUGAGUGAAAAGCAAGAGCUGCUGGUGAACUAUGUGUCUGAUGUCCAGGUGAGUCCUGCCAAACCCAUGAGCCACGAAGGCAGCAGCCUCACUCUGACGUGUGCAGCAGAGAGUAACCAGGCCCUUGAGUUCCAGUGGCUGAGAGAAGAGACAGGCGAGGUGCUGGGACAGGGGCCCAUGCUACAGUUACACCACCUGAAACGGGAGGCCGGGGGCGGCUACCUCUGCCUGGCCUCUGUGCCCAGUGUACCCGGCCUGAACCGCACACAGCUGGUCAACGUGGCUGUUUAUGGGUCCCCGUGGAUGGCUUCAAAGGAGAGGAAGCUGAGGGUGAGAGAGAAUGAGGUGGUGAGCCUGUCAUGUGAAGCCUCAGGCCAUCCUCGGCCCACCAUCUCCUGGAGUGUCAACAGCACGGCCCAGGAACAAGACAAAGGCCCGCAGAGUGUCCUCAGCAUCCUGAAUGUCCUUGUGACGCCAGAGCUGUUGGAGACUGGCGCCGAAUGCGUGGCCUCCAAUUCCCUGGGCAGAAACACCACCGUCAUCUUCCUGGAGCUGGUCAAUUUAACUACCCUCCCACCCGACUCCAACACCACCGCCGACCUCAGCACCUCCACACACCUCCGUACCUCCACUGUCAGUCCCCAUGCCAGAGCCAACAGCACCUCCACGGAGAAGAAGCUGUCGGAGCAGGAGAGCAAGGGUGUGGUCAUCGUGGCCGUGAUUGUGUGCAUCCUGGUCCUGGCUGUGCUGGGUGCUGUCCUCUAUUUCCUCUACAAGAAGGGCAAGCUGCCUUGUGGGCGGUCGGGCAAACAGGAGAUCACACUGCCCCCGUCGCGUAAGAGCGAAAUUGUAGUUGAAGUUAAGUCAGAUAAGCUCCCAGAAGAGAUGGGCCUCCUACAGGGCAGCAACGGUGACAAGAGGGCUCCAGGAGACCAGGGAGAGAAGUACAUCGAUCUAAGGCAUUAGCCCACUGACGCACACGGCGCUCCCUUUCCUGCCUGGGACAGUUCCUGCUCCCUGCUUGUUCUUCUUUCCAGCUCUCAGGAUGGUGGCCACAGCCUGUAAAGUGAACUACCGAGAAGACCCUACUCCAGCUCACCUGCAGACCCAUUUCAGGGGUCAAAUGGGCUAGGACCAGAACCAUCCUGAGAAGGAGCUCACUUGGCCCUGGAGGCCCCAUCUUUAGGGACCAGUCCAUCACUGACUGUAUCAAUUUGUUGACUGUGGCUCAUCCCAAGGAGGGGGACCUCAGCUUCUCAGUGGUGGGAGGAGAGUUCCUUGCAGAAUGCGUUUUCUCUUUACGCGUGUUAUGGAUGGAAAAAUACCUGUUUUCUAGCAGCAGCUGAAUUAGGUAGCCUGCCAUUCUCAGCUGGUUUCCGGCCCCAAGGGCUGGCUUCAGUAAUUCAGUUGAAUCCCUGAAGUCAGGAUGCACUUGUCCCUUAGCCCUAGUGCCUAGGUUCCCAUUCACUGCUGAACUGUGACUCGGGACAGUAUCCCCACAUUAUCUAGAAGUAGCCGCGGUGUUCUUGCUGCCACCUUCCUGCCUGCCUCUGUGGGGCCCCUUUUUUGAUGCUCCUUUUCCUGGGCAAAAGCCAGGGGCUUUUGUUCUUUAAAAGGCACGCCAAGUAUAUCCCACUGUCCCUUGCAGUGAGGCAGCUGGGCACUGCUGAAUUUUCUAGAGUUAAGAUGAUUGAGCCUGAGCCCCCUGCAUUCAUUUGGCUCCCACUGCUCUCUUAAGGGCUGAUCUAAGACUAUGAAAGGUGAGGGAAGGCAACAAAGGUGAGGCCCAGACUGUCCUUUAUGGGUUAGCUCAGAUUUCUACAAGGUGGGCUAAUGGGCCCAGACCCUAGAAGGGCCCAAUGGGAGAAAGGUACUUACGGAUGAAAACCAGGGGCCUGGUUAGAGCUUUAGGGUGUGUGUGUGUGUGUACAUAUAUACAUAUAUAUAUAUAUGGUUUUGUUAGGUUGUGUGUAAAUUUGCAAAUUGUUUCCUUUAUAUAUAUAUAUAUGUGUGAAAAAUAAAGCUUAAUUGUCCCAGAAA